GCCUUUCUUCUCCGUCCAACCCUAAAACCUCCAUCGACGCCGGAGGUAAGAUGAAGGAAGAGGAAGUAAACCGGUGCCAGAUUCAGAACUGGUACCCGAAAUUCAAAUCCCUAACCAUCAAAACCAAACUCCACAAGCUUCCAGAGUCCUUCGUCAACUACCUCCUCGACGACUCCGGCCCUUUCCUCCUCCCUUCCUCCGUCACCAACGAGAACGCGAUGCCUAACAGAGUCCACAACCCCGAAGAAGAAGACGAAUCAUCAUCAUCAUCAUCAGACGACGAAACUGAUCCUCCCCCGCCGCCGCCGUCGUUCCCGGAGCUCGAAAUCGAGAUCAAGGACUCAAUCGAAGCCCUAGGCGGAUCGAUCUUCCCGAAGCUGAACUGGAGCGCGCCGAAGGACGCGGCGUGGAUAAGCCCCUCGCAGAGUCUCAGCUGCUCUUGCUUCAGCGAGAUCGCUCUCCUGCUCCGCUCCUCGGACUCGAUCCUCCACGACCUCUGCGAGGCGUACGAUUCCUGCAGCGAUAAUAAAGCCGCCUCCUCGAGGAGGAGGCCGGAGAGCUUCUUCCUCGCGCUGCGGAAGUGGUACCCUUCUUUAAAGCCGGAGAUGGAGUUUCGAUGCUUCGUGAAAGGGAACGAGCUCGUUGGGGUUUGCCAGCGUGAAGUGACGACGUUUUACCCUGUGGUUGUUAGCGAGAAGGAGGUUCUCAAGGGGUUGAUUGAGGAGUUUUUUGAUGUGAACGUGAGGAGUGUGUUUGAGUUGGAGGAUUAUGUGUUUGAUGUUUAUGUGACGAAGGAGAGGAGGGUUAAGGUUGUGGAUUUUAAUACGUGGUGCGGGUCGACGUUGCCGUUGAUGUUUAGUUGGGAGGAGCUUGAGGGGUUUAGGGUUGGUGGUGAGUUGGAGUUGAGGAUUGUUGAGAGCCGGCGCGGUGUGCUUCCGGGUUUGAAGACGGCGGUGCCUUAUGAUUAUAUUGAUGUGAGUAGUGGUAGUGGGUGGGAUCAGGUUCUUAAGAAGGCGGAAGAGGAGCUUCGGAAUGAGAAUUAGAGGUCCGAUGAAGUUGCUUGAGCUUCUUCUUCUUCUUUAAAGUGUUGUCCCAAAGUUAUUGAUGAUGUUUGUGUCUCUUUGUUACUGUUUCGUCUUUGUCUUUCGUUGUGCAAAGUGAAUUAUGCUUAGAAUUGCUCUGGUUGGGUUUCUCAUUCUCAAAUUUAGAGCAACCGAAUCGAUCGAACU